CGUAAAAGUACUUACCCAGCAAAGCUGGGUGUUACACAUUCUCUCAACGUUGCCCGAGACUGUACUUCGUCGUCAGUUCUAGCUUCACAUUUUCACUUGAAGAAGAAAGUCGAAUUUAAGCCCACGGGGCUUUUCGACAGCCUUGAGCUGCUCUUCUACCAUGGACUUUCACAGUUUGAUGAAUAUGGCUGCUUCAAAGCAGGAAAAUUUGGACAAACAUAAAGUGAGCAGGUAUAGUCUGGAUUUGCCGGCUCCGAGGAAGGAAGAAAAGCCCAAGGCCAAGUCUGAGGCAGUCCAGAAACUUAUAAAGGAAAAAGAAAUGGAAAAACGAAAGAAAGAGGAGGCGAUCCGAAAAAAGAGAGAGCAGGAGGAAAAGGAAGAGAAGAAAAGGAACCACUUCAAAAUUCCAAAGAAAAAAGCCGAGCCUGCUCCCACUGACACGGAGAAGUUGAUCAACUCUCUGUUUGAUGAUGACAACGAAGCAGACUCAGACAAAAGCGCUUCUGAUGAAGACCGCAAGGACAAAAUAAACUCUCAGGAAACGUGUGGGAAUGAUGGUCUCACCAACGGGCUUCAUUCUUCUAAAAGUCACAAAGACAAAUCUGACAGCAGUCGAUCUGAUGAGGACAAGAGAAAGUCGUCGAGUGACGGCAAAUCAGGACACCAUAGAUCGUCAUCAUCAAGUCAGAAAUCAUCGUCAACAUCAGAUCGCCAUAAGUCAUCGUCAUCAGAUCAUCAUAAGUCGUCGUCAUCAGAUCAUAAGUCAUCGUCAUCAAAUCAUAAGUCAUCAUCAUCAUCAUCUUCAUCAUCAAAGCACAAAUCAUCGUCGUCUGAUCGUCAUAAGUCGUCGUCUUCAUCUUCAUCUGCUAACAAAUCAAGCUCCUCUCACAGUUCCUCCGGGAACCACAAAUUAAAACAUUCCUCCUCGGACAAGGCUGGUUCACCCGUGUCUAAUCGGGAACGCAGCUCCAGCAGUUCUAACAACUCCUCGCGGAAGGAUAAACACCAGUCCAGUUCAUCCUCUCGUUCUUCCAAACCUCACCUCUCAUCUUCCUCAUCUAAAUCUCAGUCAUCUUCGUCAGAACCAAAAACGGAUGCAGUCAAUGGUAAGAGCUCUACGUCUCCCAGCGAAUCUCAGCAACCUAAACAGUCCCACGCUCAGCCGGUUGUCCUCUCCAAGCACCACCUCAAUCCGCUGAUAGAACGCCAGGCGGCCCAGUCAGCCCCGGCACAACUGUCCGAGCGGGAGAAGAUCCUGGCUCGCCUGCAGGCCAUCAAAGAGCGUACUCUCGCCGCCAUUCACAAGGAGAACGACUCAAAGGGCAAACGGGGUAAACGGGAAAAAGGUUUGGGGAGAAAAUCUAAAGACGGCUCCGACAAACUUGAUGAGAAAGCAAAGUCUGCUGAAAUUGUGCGUGACGUGGUCUCGUCUGAUGAAGACGAAACUGUGGACAAUGCCUUGGACAUCAUGCUGAAUGAGAAUAAAGUUAAAAUAGAGAAGGAGAAGAUUGCUCGGAUGGCCAAGCAAGCCUGGGAAAGAGCUACUAAAAAAGAUUCUGGAGACGCUGAGGAGAGACCCAGCCGAAAAAGAAAAUCAAUUCACAAGAGUGGUAGUAGUAGUAAGCAUAGAAGGCCCGGGAACCAUGUGAAAAGAAGAGAGCAUAGCCUGUCGCCGUUAUCUGACCGGGAAUCGAAACCAAAGUUUGGAAAGCAAAAGAAGACUAUUGUCAAACAUUCUGGUAACGCUGCCCCGCCACCCAUGGACUUUAAGGCACUCCUUGCCAUGGCUGAACAAAAACAGAAUGAACCAAUGAAGCCGAUGUCAGCGAUCCCAAAGAAGAAGAAAAAAGAGGAGGAGAAAAGGCCAAUGACCCAGGAAGAGAAGGACAGGAAGGAGAGAAUUAAGUCCAGGGAGUAUCAGGAGUGGUUGAAGAAUGGCGGGAAAGCGCCAUGUCAGAAAGACAUGUCAGAUGAUGAAGCUUCUCCUCCUUCCACGUCCCAGACGCGAGUUCCACCGUCCUCCAGCAGUUCUUCUUCACGAGACAAGUUGAAGUCAAUGCCAAGCGGCAAACCAGCGUCCUCUAUGGGCGCUACUAGACCAUCAUUUCACAAACAGCACAGAGGCGAACCCCAGCGACCUCCCAGCGGCAGCAACCACGGGCUCAACAGGGGAAAAGCCAACAGCGUCCCUCAAAUGAACGAGAAUGUUCUAGUGUGUGGGCCGGGCAGUGACAGCGAGCCGGAAGAACCACCCGCCCCUCAGAAUUCGAUGAAUCCGUUCGACAGGAUCGUCAGUCAAGUGCAUAAAAAGUCACGGCCUCGACCACCACCUGACCCAAAGAGGAUGAGGCUGGAUGACGACUUCGAUGAAGAGGAGGAAGACUCUGACAUGGACGACUUCAUCGAUGACGGUGAAGCGGACGCCUCGGAAAUUUCGAAGGAGAUCCAGAAAAUGUUUGGUUAUGACAGAAGCAGAUUCAAGAACGAGAGAGAAGAGGACUUGUCGGACAUGGAGGCAGAUUUCAGCACUGUGAUGAAGGAGGAGAAACGUAGCGCCAAACUGGGACGUAUGGAGGAUUUGGAGGACAUGAGGAUGGAGCAGGAGGAACUCCGGCAGAAAGCUUUGAUGAAAAAACAGAUGAAAAGAAAGAAAUAAUUUUCAAAAAUUUCGCCAGUUUUUAUAAACAGUACAUAUUGCGUACGGCUUUGAUGUUUGAGGGCAGUUGAAUGAAACUGUAGAGAUCUGAACAGAUGUCCCUGCUGGAGAUACAGACUGAGGAAUGCCUGUUCUGUUGUGGAAAUUGUUGCCAAAAGUCUUGCCUUUGGUUUACUUUUAUUGUUUCCGGAUUUGUCGAUGUGGAUUUGUGGACAUCGUCCAGUAGCACGUAGAGCUCUUCCCGGAUCAAGAUGGCGAUCGGAUACUUAUGACUCGGUUAAUGGAUGGGCUUUUGUGGUUGUGUAUCCCCCCCAUUGAUGACUUUGAACAAAUAAGGAGACAGGAACUUGUUUCGCAACAAAUUUAUAACAAAGGGACAAGACUGGAGAAUAUGUCCUGAGUGGCUCGGUUCAUGAUUUGUCUUGGCCUUUUGGUUUUUACAGACUGGUAGCACAGCUGUGUAGAUUGUGCUGGAUGGCUCAGCCGUUCCUGUGCCUAUAAUUUGAUUAUGAUAAUCAUAGAAUGAUUGGGAAAAGGCUUGGAAUGUGAUAAUAUAAGAUAACGAUUAAUUAAUCUCCACAAAGAGAAAUUUGUUGCAGCACGGUAAAUGCAUACACUACACACUUGUGAACAUACACUCACACACACACAAACACACACGGUCUUUCUCUCUCCCCC